CUUGUGUAAUUAAUAUACGACACAAAAGGACUUCAUUAGGACUUGAACCCUAGCUGGAACAUGACAAAAGCCUGUUGACUUUACCACUAGACCACAAGUUCGUUGUUGGAAGCCUACCGCAUCUUAUUCACCAUUAACCUUUUUUCUCUAGCUUGUGUAAUUAAUAUACGACACAAAAGGACUUCAUUAGGAUUUGAACCCUAACUGGUACAUGACACAAGCCUGUUGUCGUUACCACUAGACCACUUGCUCGUUGUUGGAAGCCUACCGCAACUUAUUCAUCUUAACCUUUUUUCUCUAGUUUGUGUAAUUAAUAUACGACACAAAAGGACUUCAUUAGGACUUGAACUCUAGCUGGUACAUGACACAAGCCUGUUGUCGUUACCACUAGACCACACGUUCGUUGUUGGAAGCCUACCGCAUCUUAUUCACCUUAACCUUUUUUCUCUAGCUUGUGUAAUUAAUAUACGACACAAAAGGACUUCAACCCUAGCUGGUACACGACACAAGCCUGUUGUCUUUACCACAAGACCAUUUGCUCGUUGUUGGAAGCCUACCGCAACUUAUUCACCUUAUUCUUUUCUCUAGCUUGUAUAAUUAAAACUCAACCAUUUUUGAAUCACAAAAUGCCAUCAGUAGGACUUGAACCACAACCUGGUACAUGACACAAGCUGGUUGUAUACACCACUAGACCACUUGUUCGUUGUUGCAAGACUAGCCGAACUUAUUCAUCUUAUUUCUUAUCUCUAGCUUGUAUUAUUAAAAUUCAACAAUUUUUGAAACACAAAAUGGCUACUGUUAGACUUGAACCCUAGCUGGUACAUGACACAAGCCGGUCGUCUUUACCACAAGACCACUUGCUCGUUUUUGGAAGCCUAACGCAACUUAUUCACCUUAACCUUUUUUCUCUAGCUUGUGUAAUUAAUACACGACACAAAAGCACUUCAUUAGGACUUGAACCCUAGCUGGUACAUGACACAAGCCGGUUGUCAUUACCACUAGACCACUUGCUCGUUGUUGCAAGACUAGCCCAACUUAUUCAUCUUAAGCUUUUUUCUGUAGCUUGUGUAACUAAUAUACGACACAAGUCACGAAAAGACUUGAUUAGGACUCUAACCUUAGCUGGUACAUGACAGAAGGCUGUUGACUUUACCACUAGGCGACUUGCUCGUUGUUGGAUGCUGGCCGCAGCUUAUUCACCUUAACCUUUUUUCUCUAGCUUGUGUAAUUAAUAUACGACACAAGUCACAAAAUGACUUCAUUAGGACUUGAACCUUAGUUGGUACAUGACACAAGCCUGUUGUAUAUGUUAAAAACUCAGUUCAAGCUGAGCGACGAAUUGAUCUCGAAACAAAAGAUGUGGAAAUAAUAUGGCUCGAAACCUGUCCCUACAAAUCGAAACGGCCUCUAUUCAUCGGGGGAAUCUACAGACCACCCUCAUCAAACGCUGCUAGUGAUAAGAGUAUCGGGAAAAACAUCGAAAAUGUCUCUCUUUUAGGUCGCGAGGUGGUACUUUUGGGUGACAUAAACAUUGAUUAUUUAUGCACAACGAAAUUUGCAAAUCAUACAUUCACGAAAGUAUUAAAGUCAUUCAACCUUUCGCAGCUUAUGAAUGUGAUUACACGCCCCAUAUCACGCACCUGUCUCGAUCACAUCUGGUGCACCCAUGCUGAACGGCUAAACAAUGUCAAAGUUUUAAAUAUUGGAAUAUCAGAUCAUUUGCCUAUUAUGACAACCAGGAUAUACAAACGUGCGUGUCACAAAAAGGGUAAGCAUUCCACAAUAAACUAUCGCGACGUAAAGCAUUUAAACAAGGACAAAUUCAUUACCGCCCUUAAAAAUGCACCGUGGGAUAGUGCUUUUGUAUUUGAUGACGCAAAUGACACUGUCUAUGCAUGGUAUGAAAUAUUUAAUGAUGUCGUAAAUGAAUAUCUUCCCUUAAAACAAAAGCGGGUAAAGCGAAAUACACAGCCUAAAUGGUUUAAUAAUAUAAUUGGGGAGGACAUAAAGGCACGCGAUAAACUGUAUUACAAAGCAAGGAAAUAUCAAACUGACGAAGAUUGGGCAAACUACCGCAUUGCAAAGAACAAAGUGACAAAAACAAUAAGAAAUGCGAAGAAAAAUUACUUUAGUGAUAAAUUUCAAGAAAAUAAACAAAACCCCAGUAAACUUUGGAACUUGAUUAAAAAUCUAACAAAUGAUGAUGCUGGAAAAAAUGAAAGUGUCAAAUUUUUGACCGAAAAUAGUACGACUUUAAAAGAUAAAGUGACCAUUGCUGAAACAUUUAAUCGCUUCUUUGUCGACCAGCAAAACAACCUCGCGUCCACCUCAGCGCCCGUAGAAAUAGAACAAACACCAAAUCUAGAUCCUAUUCCCCAUGUCGAUACUACAUUCAGCAUUCCCCCCAUGUCAAAAUUAAGAGUGAUUGAGUUACUUCUAUCCAUCCCCGUUCAUAAAUCCACAGGCGACGAUGGCAUUAGCGCCAAAAUAAUGAGAAUAGCAGCACCAGCUAUAGCCGAACCAUUAAGCCAGCUGAUGAAUCGUUGCAUAAACACUCAAACGUUCCCCUCAAAAUGGAAGGUUGCUAAGGUCACCCCAAUAUAUAAAGGGAAGGGAAACCGAGAUGAAAAGUCUAACUACAGGCCUAUAUCAGUGCUUCCCAUUUUAUCUAAGCUACUGGAAAGGCACAUAUGUGAACAUAUGUAUGGGUUUCUGCAACAACGAAACUUAUUUUAUCGACUUCAAUCCGGGUUUCGUAAACACCAUUCGACUGAAACUGCACUCAUCAGACUCAUUGACCAAUUGCUACUUGAUCUGGAUAAAAACAAGGUAACUGGACUAAUUUUUGUAGACUAUAAGAAAGCCUUCGAUCUGAUAGACCAUCAACUGCUCCUUAACAAGUUACAUAAUUAUGGCAUUCAGGGGGAUGAGCUAAACCUCUUAAAAGACUAUCUUAGAAACCGUUGGCAGUAUGUAAAUAUUGAUGGUUCCCAUUCUCCGAAAAUAGAGGUGAAAUGCGGUGUGCCACAAGGAAGUAUUUUGGGUCCAAUCUUCUUCCUUUUGUUUAUCAACGAUCUUCCGUCAGAGGUAUUCCACUCCGAGGUCGACAUAUAUGCGGAUGAUACUACCCUUAGUCACUCCGCAGAAGUGGAUUUGGCACCUACAGCCAUAGAAACAGCACUACAGCUUGAUUUGGACGGCAUUGUAAGGUGGUCAAAAACAAACAAAAUGAUCAUAAAUGCCAAAAAGACAAAAUCUAUGCUUGUUACCGGGAAGAGAUUGGCCAAAAAGUUGCCGACAAAGAUAUUGUCGUUACAGUCUGAAAACGAGGAUAUUGAACAAGUUCAUUUCCAGAAACUUUUAGGAGUCACUAUCGAUCAAGAACUGACUUUUGAUAAACACGUGGAAGAACUUUCUAAGAAAUUGGGACAACGACUGGGCGUUCUUCGGAAAAUUAAACGGUUUCUUCCUUUAGACCAACGUAAACUGUACUACAACACCAUGUUUAAGCAAGUCAUGAUGUAUGGUGCUACAGUUUGGGCUAACUGCUCCGUGGAAAACUUGAAAACAAUUCUUCGAUUGCAAAAACGUGCUGCCCGCAUCAUUUUGGAUGUCGGUACAAGAACAAACAGCGUAUCAUUGUUUAAGCAGCUAAAUUGGCUUGCUUUUCACGACGAAGUGAGGUUGAACAAAUGUGUCUUAGCUUACAAACGGUUUCAUGGAAAUUGCCCAUCAUAUAUUAAUGAUAUUCUAACCUCAAAUGCAGACAUACAAACCCGUUCGUCAGGCCGUUACAGUGAAAGAAACUUGGUAUGUCCACGCUAUAGCCGAGUCAUGGAAGGGGGAAAGUCUUUCCAGGUCUCCACGUGUAAACUUUGGAACUCUAUACCUCCUCAUAUAAAAACUUCCGAAAAAUCUGUAGAAACUUUUAAGAAUGAACUUUUUAACUACUUUUUUCAUAGGUAUAAUGAUAUUGAUUCUUUCACAAUAUCUUGA